AUUGCAAGUACCACAGUCACUAGCCAUCCUUCAAGGCGCGAAGACGUGUUUGUUAUUAUUAUUUAUUAUUAAUAAUUAAUAACCGUGAUAAUAACACGUUGACACUUCGAAAAUUGUGAAAGAAAAUUCGUAAGAAUGAACCACACAGUAGAAGAAUCUCCGUUAAUGCAGACUCCUAUGACUCAGGAGAAAAUGGACAAAUGGGUGGACGCUCAAAUCAAAGGCGAGAAGGUUGAGAUCGACGUCUACGGAAAGCCCACGGAACAGAUGCUAAAAGAGCUUGAAAAUGUCCGAAAUUUGAGCAAGGAACUACAGGAUAACUUGCAUGAAUUAGAAACCUCAGUCCGCAUAGCAGAAGUAGAAAAUCAAGCGAUGAACCCAACUGCUGAGAUUUUAGACUUCUCUGAAGACCACGAGUUCGUUCCUGAUAACCAGGACACGUAUUACGCUGAAGAGGAUAAAAUGGACGCUAAGGAAGAAGAGAAACAGAAGCUUACGAAGGGUAAAGGAGCUAAGACUGAAAUUCAGAGUUUUUAUAAGGACCAGUGUGUGUUUUUGACUGGUGGUACUGGGUUCUUGGGGAAAGUUCUCAUCGAGAAACUAAUCCGUGCCUGUGGAGAUAUCAACACAAUAUACGUGUUAGCUAGAAGUAAGAAGGGGAAAGACGCUACAGUAAGACUUCACGAAAUGAUGGACGAAUUUUUGUUCCACAGAGCUCAUGAGGUAAACCCUAAGGGUAUUCACAAAGUGGUGCCAAUAGUAGGAGAUAUGGAACUGCCAGGGUUAGGCAUCAGUGAAGAGGAUAGGAAGACGCUCACCAGCAAGGUUACAAUAAUUAUCAACGCGGCGGCCACAGUCAAGUUUGACGAAAAACUAUCCGUUUCUACAGCUAUUAAUGUAAAGGGAACUAAAGAAGUCCUGAAACUGGCUAAAGAGUGUAGGAAUUUGAAAGCUAUUACCCAUGUGUCGACUGCCUUCUCUAACACUCAUGUGAAUCAUAUUGAAGAAAAGUUCUACGAACCUCCAAUGUCCGUGGAGGCACUGGAAGCUUUGACUGAAGUCGACAACAAGCUGAUUGAGAACAUCUUGCCCACACUUCUAGGAAAACGUCCAAACACAUAUUGUUUUACAAAGGCGAUAGCUGAGGAGGCUGUCAGGAAGUAUGGCGAAGGCUUGCCUAUCAGCAUUGUCAGACCUUCCAUAGUUGUAUCAACAUACGAAGAGCCUGUGCGAGGCUGGACAGACAGCGUGUAUGGACCAACUGGACUAGUCGUAGGAAUUGGUACCGGGGUUUUGCGUACAAUGUAUAUGGAUCAAUCGAAAGUAGCUGACAUGGUUCCAGUGGAUCUAUGCGUGAAUGCCAUCCUUGCGUCUGCUUGGUUUACUGCCAAGAACUUUAAGGAAAACCAAACAUCACAUAUACCAAUCUACAAUUUCGUUUCCGGAGCACAAAAACCAAUUACAUGGGGAGAUUUUAUAGAACGCAACCGAAAGUACGGCAUCGACAAACCUACAACAAAAGCUGUUUGGUACUACGGUCUGAAUCCUACAAACAACUAUUACUUGUUCCUAUUCUACAAUUUCUUCUUGCACUACUUGCCUGCUCUGAUGAUUGACACUUAUUGUGCUAUUACGGGGAAGAGAAGGGCUAUGAUAAAACUAUACAACAAAGUAAUGAAGCUAGCCAACAUUUUGUUCUACUUUUCCACUCAAGACUGGCAGUUUUCUGACUAUAAUGUCAGAAAUAUGUGGAAGAGUCUGUCAGAUGAGGAUCGCGUGGUAUUCCCGUUUAGUAUAGGAGAAAUGUCUUGGGAGUACAUGUGUGAAACCUUCUUAGUUGGUCUUAGAGUGUACCUAAUCAAGGACGACCUAUCCUCAUUACCUGAAGCCAGGAAGAAGUGGAAUAAACUGUACUACCUGCACCAGAUCCUGAAAGCUGUAACUUUAGGUCUAGUAAUAAACUUAGCUUAUUUUGUAUUAAAACCUGUGUUAGCACUAAUUUUUGGCCAUUGAGAUACAUCUAUUUAUAUUUAGGUCUAGAUAUUAAGUUAAAAGCUUAAUGCAUUAAUGUAUGCCAUAAUUAUAUAUUUUGCACCUAGGUACCUAAACUUUAAACAAAAAACUCUGAUUUGUUCAAAAUCUGAGAUACACAUAUGUUUUUGCUCAAUGCUUAGAAACUAGAAAUAAAUGAUUAUUAGACUUAGGAAUAAGCACUGAAAUAAAUAGUUUUAGGUAGAUUAAAAUUAAGGCUAGUUAUAAUUAAAUUAGAACAAAUAAAAAAAAGAUAGACAUAGAUAAAUACGACCAUCUUGUUAAUAAGCAAAGAGAUUUUAGACAAAAUAAUGUUUUUUUACUAAAAAAACUGUAAUUUCCAAAUCAAUUUGAUUAUAUUUGGCGAUUUUUUUUGUAUAUACAUACUUUAACUAUUAGAUAGUAUAGUACCUACGUACAAAAAUAUACAAGAAGUGGUCCAAUUAUUUGCAAUGCAGUUUAUUUCUUAAGGAAAUGAAAACAUCAACUUUCAAUAAAUUAUAAAAAGGUUUUUCUACGAAAUGUGAAGUGAUAUUUUGUAAGUAAUUUUUAAAGUAAUAAGUACUCUCAUUAUUUAUAAUUUAUAGAAUCUCAAAUACAAAAAGGUGAAUUGUAAAAUAAAUUUUUGAAAAUAAA